UUUCUGAAGGAGGAGACAGAGAAAGAGGGAGACACAGAGGGAGAGGGAGAGAGGGAGAGAGAGAGGGAGAGAGAGGCUCUGCUGGGAAACGAGUGAAAGAGAGGGAACAUUCUACAUCCCUUCCGUUUAUUUUAUCCUUCCUCCAUCCCUCCAUCCCCAUUCAUCCCCCCUUCUUCCUCUCCUCUCGUCUCCUCUCCUCCCUCUACUCCUCUCUCCGGUUGGUUCUGUUUUCGGCCGAGUGAGAGAGAGGGGCUCCAUGUGCGAUGGGCUGUGGGCAUUCUUCAACCGCCAGCACCUCCGGAGGAGGAGGAGGAGGAGGUCCUGCUGAAGUCGCCAAAGACGUAACAGACGAGCCGUCUCCGGAUGAAAAACGGAGGAACUAUGGUGGAGUCUAUGUGGGUCUGCCAGCUGACCUGGCCACUAUCGCAGGAAGCCAAUCAAAAUCCUCAUGCAAAGAUUAAGAACAGAUGGAAAUCCACAAGGACCUCAGGUCUCAUUGCCGAGGGCAUUCCAUUGGGAGAUCGACAGGGAGCAGUCUCACCUUCUGAAGGCAGGGAACACCUGCAGCUAGGCUGUAGUCACAUAGGCAAUAAAGACCAGGACCACUGGGCAGGACCAUGGCAGGGCUUCCCCCAGACAGACAGUCUCUCAGCCUGGCACCCUCUUCCACAAGAUGGCCGCAAACGGACACUCUCACUCUUUCAAGCAAUUAAGAAUUAAAGGCAUAUUUAUCUGUG